AGUCACUUUGGCUGGAGAGCGACGCCCGCCUGCCCUUCGGACGUUGCCACUCUCUCGGCGGAGGCGGCGCCUGCGGCGGCCAUGGUGGACGUGGUGAAGGCGCCUCGGGGCGCCUGGAGCAUGCCGAUGAAGGUCGACCUCGGCGACGCAAGGCGCAAGGAGAUGCCGAUGAAGGUCGGCAUCGGGGACCUCGACCCCACGCCGAGCAGCAGCUUCUCCACCAACGCCCCCGCAGAGAAUGACCUGGAGCCCUUCGAGGACAGCAGCCAGGUGGACAUCUCCUUCAUGGAGGAGGACGAGGAGGAGGCGGAGGAGGCGGCCUACUACCCAGGGCUGUGGGGCACGCAGGAGCGGUGGGACGAGAGCCAGGUGUUCUGGCCCCCUUGUCACGAGGAGGCGUGGUGCGCGAGCGGCCCGUGGGGGGCACAUGGCCCCCAGGACGCCUGGUACCCGCACGGGCAGCUGGUGCACGGGCAUUUCGUCGCUGCGGCUGCGCAGCUGCUGGCUUCCGGGAUGCACCCCGGGUGCUGGGCGCCGCGGCCGCGGGGCGCCGCCCGGGCCAGGCCGGCGAGGGCGCAGGCCGCCGCGGCGGAGCCGAAAGCGGAGCCGAAGGCGGCCUCCAGAGCUGCCAAGGAGAGGGGGCGCGCCGCAGCGGAGAGGGAGUCCGUCGUGAUGCCGGGAGAGGCCACCACCAUCAUGAUGCGCAACUUGCCGAACAAGUACACCCGAGACUCGCUACUGGAGCUUCUGGCAGAAGAGGGUUUCGCGGGGCUCUACGAUCUGGCACGGUGGCGGAUACUUGCCCGUGGACUUCAACACGCAGGUGGGCCUGGGUUAUGCCUUUGUCAACCUCGUCAGCCCUGCGCAUGCGAAGCGCUUCGCGGAACAUUUCGAUGGGUUCUCUGGCUGGACAGGUGUCGUUGGGAGCCAGAAGGUCUGCAGGGUGUCGUGGAGCGACGCCGUGCAGGGAGUCGAGGCACACGUGGAGCGAUACAGGAACAGCCCGGUGAUGCACUCGUCCGUGCCUGACGAGUACAAGCCCCAGCUGUUCAAAGACGGCCAGCCCAUUCCAUUUCCCGCCCCGACGGGAAGGGUCAAGGCGCCCCGCGCAAGGCGCAGCGGCUACCUCCCGUCGUGAAAGUGGCUUCAGGUGCCAGCCAGCGUGGCCGCCAUUUGUGUGUACGGGAGGGGGGAG